CCAAAAUAUACACAAACAGCAAAUAAGUUAACUCAUUUAUUAGAGGUAAACGGUGUAGCUAAAUCAGAUCUGUAAGUUCUUGAUGUGAAUUCAUUACAAAAAAGAAUAUAAAAAUAGGAAGAAAAGACUUUUGACUGUAAAAAAACAAGCCCUGGCUCAUCACAUUUCAAUAAAAACAAACAGAAUCAGAAUCAACUUUAUUAGCCACGUUUGCUCUCUUGUACAAAAACACAGAACUUAAACAAGCUUAAAAAAAUGAAUAAAAGCGUAAAAACAAAUCUUGAUCAAACUGUACAACAUAAAUUAGACUUUAAGAAAUAACAACAUUUUUUAAAAAAAACGAUAAAACCACAAGGUGGCGCUUGACCGCCCCGUGAAAGACUGCAACAACUUUACAAAAGCAAAGCUUACAUCGGUUCCUCUGUGUUCAAGCUGUUUGUUAAUUAUAACACAAAGGAAUAAUUUAAGCAAGUGAUUUAAGAUAUCUUAUAUAUGUAUUUAUUCAUUCGUCAUCUGUUAUUAUAAAUGAUAAAAUAUGAACCUGCCCGUUAACAGAGGUGAUAAAAACCCUACUUAACUAUCAACUAUAGUAGCUUUACAACCAAAAAACCGUGAAACCCGUGAAAACUGGUGCAGCUGCUCCUAAUUUCUGAUUGGCUGACUCAUUUGAAGACGUUAUAAAUCACCCAAUGAAAACACACCUGUGACCCCACUGAAAUAUUAAUGCGCCAACCGGAAAUCGCCACUCAGCUACCACAGAGGAACUAUGUUACUCGGCGGAAGAGUAAUAAUUAAAUAAUCCCCUGAGUGCCCGGCCGAGCCGCUGGUUCGGUGCUUAUAUUUUUAGUUGCUUCGCCCGUUUUCUAACGCUCAAAUCUCAAACCACGAGGGGAGUUUUGCCCUCGUUGCCAGAGUGCACCGACCUGCCUUCCUUCAUGUGUGUGUGGGAUGCACGCAGAUGAAGGUGAUUGUCUUUAAUGGACCGAUGGAUGGCGCUAUUUAUUCCCAUCCUGGCCCCACUUAAGUGCUGUGGUUUCACCAGGUCCCCGGUCACUGAUCUGGAACCAGUUCACUCGGCGAGGACGCGGGGCUGAGCGCGUCAGGAGCAGAUGUGAGAUCAGUGGGGAAAGUUUGGGGGUUACUUAAGGAGACGAUCAUUUAUGGUGCUGCACUAAAAGGGGACAAACGCUCGGUCUGUGCCAUUUCAUUCACCCACGGAGUCCAUAAAAGGAGGAUGUCCACUUCCUCUCCUACCUCUGAUACAGGAGGGCCGGGUAAAGGUGGCGGAGAAGACCCCGCCAAGUCCACCGAGCAGGAGGACCGGACUCGACCUCAGAUCCUUUCGGGAUCGGGCUUCUGCAAAUGGUUCAACGUCCGGAUGGGCUUUGGAUUUAUCUCAAUGACCAACAGCGAAGGGAGUCCCGUCGACCCCCCAUUGGAUGUUUUCGUCCACCAAAGCAAACUGGUGAUGGAAGGUUUCCGCAGCUUAAAGGAGGGUGAGCAGGUGGAGUUCACGUACAAGAAGUCCUCUAAGGGCCUGGAGUCCCUGCGGGUGACCGGACCUGGUGGGGGACCCUGUGCAGGCAGUGAGAGGAGACCCAAAGGGAAGGUCCCACUCCAGAAACGCAAACCAAAGGGAGACCGCUGUUAUAACUGUGGAGGUCUGGACCACCAUGCCAAGGAGUGUGGCCUGCCCCCCCAGCCAAAGAAAUGCCACUACUGCCAGAGCAUCACGCACAUGGUGGCCCAGUGCCCCCACAAGGCGCUGGCGCCCGCCACAGGCUCUCAGGACCAACAUGCGUCUACCUCGGCCUCCAGCCCAGGGACCGGGCCCUACCUCUGCCUCCCGGAGGAGGAGGGGGAGCGCUCCGGCUCGUCUCCCCUGGAGGGCUCCUCCUCUUCCCCCGAGGAGCCCCACGCGCACCGCGGCUCCCGGACCCAGAGGUGGAGGAAAUCUUGAAAACGGUCCACAGAGGUGAACCUUUCAUCGCUAGCCUCUGACCCUCACGUCUCUCUUUCAGUCAAGGUUACCUGAAGCCCCCCACCCCCCCCCCCCCCCACUCCCCACCCCCUCAUCUACCUCACACCUGUGAAAAAAAAAAAAAAAAAAAAAAUGGGAGGUCUUUAUUUCUUUACUUUUAUGUUAUUUUUUUAUUUUUUUUCUAACCAGCGCAGCUAUGGCAACGAUCAACGGGGUACGGACGUGCGUGAAUGUGUGUGACUGACUUGCAGUCGUCUGGUGCAGCUAUGGCAACCACCGCUGGAUUGGUGACUGCAGGGAAAGACUGUUUCUCUUGUUUCAAUCAGUGCAGCUCGAGCGUGAAACAACGUGGUAUGAGUCUAGGUCUGAUGAUUGUUUUUUUUUUUUUUUUUUCCUCUUCUUCUUCUUCUUCUUCUUCUUCUUCUAUUUGUUCCCCUCGGACCUAAGUGUUGGCCACUACGAAUGCUUUUCCUCUACGUUCGUUUAAAGCAACAAAUUUAUACCCCGUAGGCCGAAUCAUUCCGAACGCACACACGGUAGCUCAUCUUAAAAAAAAAAGGAUCAGAGGACGUCUCCUAAAAGCCCUCGAUAAGCGAUAAUCCAGACCCAGAGGACUGUUAUCUUGGCUUCUAAAGAUCUUUUGGGAUUUUUUAAGGUUUUCCAGAGGUUUUUUUUUUUUUUUUUUAAAGACAGUGAGCUACUAGAGUACACACUCUACGAUUUUUUUUUUGAAACACUCAGUACAUACCUCUUAACACGAAAUAGACUGGACCAACUGAUUGUCAAAAUGCGAGCAUGUGCAAGACCCGGCGGGGGAUGAAAAAAAAAAAAAAGAAAAGGUGUGUGCUUGUACUGUGUGAAAGCAAAACUGUCAGAAUGUGAGUCAGUACUAUUAACCCCUCGGUUUCCUACUAUUAUAGAUAGACACAUCUUAUAUAAAGACACCAUAUAAUCCAUCUACAUUUAAUAGUUUAGAUUGAAAGUAAUGACUCGAUCUUUAGACUUUCCAUUUUCGGUUGUUGCAUAAUUAGUUGAAAGUAACGUUACAGUCUAUAAAUCAUAGUAUAAGUCAUUAAUAUAUAUGUAAAGUCGCAAGAUAUAAUUGAAAUUCUAUUAACUUUAAGUGAUGAGUAUAUUAGGAAUUAGCUCUGACAAUAGGUGCGUAGCCCUGCGUAUGGCAUGGGAUACUUUGUCGGUGUGUCAUUCACCGCAAAAAAAAAAAAAGAAAGAAGAAGAAGUGACUUUUAAUGAGGUCUUUACACUCGUUGAUUAAUCAGAAUAUUCAGCAAUCACCUCUGACACGGCACAAGGUCUCACCUCUUUUACGAUGGGUGUAGUAUUACAGUAUCGUCAUAGCUGCUCUACUUACUCAAUACCUCACUAACUCUUCCUUUUGGAAAAACGAAUGUCGAGCCGAUUGCUCUCCCAGCUGCGUUAGAUAGAGUAAGAUCGAACCACCUGUACUGCUUCCAUCUGUGCCUACCAUUCGUCAGUCAGCACCAGCCAGGUAGCGCUCGCUCCUCUUCGGGAUUAGACGGUGUCACGGCUGCUGCUGCUGCUGCUGCUUCAGACUCACUGAGAAAGGAGAAAGAACGUAGAUAGAUAGAGAGAGAUGAAGUGCUGCUUUUGGUAUAACUUGAAUCCCAAGCAUGGCUUUAGUGGCACCUAUUUGUGACCUAACGGCUCUUCUCUGACCAUACUGAAUGUGAAAAGAGCUCACCUGAAGCCGACUCCUCACAAAAAAAAAAGUCAAGUCGGGUCGGUUUUCGGAGUUGCAUCUUAAUGUUCUGACAAAUCAAAUAACUUUGUAUGAUUAUAUCGAAACUAGCUCGUGUGUUUUUUGUUUUUUUUGUUUGUUUUUUUAAAGGUAGACAACCAACUUUUUUUUGGUAUAUUUCUAUACCAAAGAGUUUGGCUUUAUUUUCUUUCGAAGGCAUUUAAAGUUUCGCUGAAGUGCUUGCUAUCCUCGCUCUUUCACGACGAGAGGGGACUUAUCGCUGAGAGAAGCGCAACAGAGCGGUUUUCUUUUUUUUUGUUUGUUUUUUUUUUUUUUAAAUGUACAGCUUUUUGAAUGUGUGCGUGCGUUAAAAAUCAAAUCUCAACAAUGCAGCAUGACGGGAGAAAAAAAAAAAAAAAAGAAAAAAGAAAAAAGUGAAUGACCAAACCACAGAAGGAGCAACAGCCUAUGCUCGGAUCUCUAUGGAAACAUCUUUUUGUAUGAUGUAUUUUUACAUUUUUACACACAAUUCCUCUCAGGAUGAUGAACUGUUCUCAGGGAAUUAACCAAAAAAAAAAAAAAAAGUGUAUUUUAUUCUUUUGGGAAUCAUCCACUGACAGACAAAACAAACUCUGCUAAGCAAUGGUGAAGUAUGUAACCGAUUCAUGUACUGAUAUUAGCAACUACCUCUUGAGUUAUACAUAGUUGUGCAUUUCAUUUUGUUUGUAUAUUUUUUGAUGAGCUUGUAUGAUUAACUGUAGGUCUCUAUUAUACUGAGGUGUUGUGUGAGAAGUUCCCUAGUGUUGCCACAGACUUCCUGGUCUUCCUUCCCAGAUUUAAUGAGUUACUUUUUUUUUUUUCUUUUACUGCAAAACUCUCUUUUUUUUUUUUUGUUUGUUUGUUUACAGCAAAAGCCUACCUCAUAUGCGCUGUUCCUCCAUAAAAUCUUUACCUCCUCCCAUGCCCUCUACCUCCUCCAUGCAGUUAAUUGUUAAUUGAAUUGCCACUCGUCGCACUAGAGUCACGCAGCAUUUACAACGAAUUGGCCCCAGAAAGUGGCUCGUCACUUGUGACUCCAGAUAUAUAUAUAUAUAUAUAUAUAUAUAUAUAUAUAUAUAUUACAAUCAAAGCCCUUUUGGAAGCUUUUUACGCGAGUUUUCACAAUGGGCGCGUUUGUCUCACACAUCCAGGGUGUUGCUGCCAGCUCUGUGUUAUACUGUCAGUAUACACUCAUCACGUAGCUGCAGACAGCCAGUGAGUUUACCUCAGUUCGUUGGGCUAGCUAUGUUAAAUAUGAAAUAUUUUACGGUCGGUGUGAACACGUUUUGAGACUACAUGGACUGUUGUUUUUAGUUUGUAAGUAUUUUAUCAUAACCGUUUUUUGUAACCACUUGAUACGAUUGGCUUUGAGAAGAUUGUGCUCCAACAAGGAGCGCCUAUCUCUGUGUUUUAUCUGUCUGAACUAUUACCAAAUAGAUAUUAUCUUCUUUUUGGGCUCCAUGGUAAUGGCCUUUGUCGGCCAUUUUUUUUUACAGCCUCAGAUAAUCAGAAGUGGUUCGGAGAUAGUGCCCCUCCUCGAUGUGGACUACGUUUGUAGUUCAGGGCGGCACUGUUAACAAUUAACAUGAAAUCAGUAGAUUUUGUACUAAUGGUGACAUUGCAUAGAUGACAUUCUAAAAAAAAAAAAAAAAAAAAAAAAAAAAAAUGUUUAU